UGUCACGUGGCUCUAUCCAAAACGAGAUUUAGGAAGGAAGCGGACAAAGAGAUCGAUAUUGCAGUGCGUGGUUGACGAAUUUUAAAGAAUCAACAUGAGUUACGACAGGCGACCAACGGAUACAGAGCGUAUGUCAUCUUUAAAAGUGGACAAUUUAUCAUACAGAACAACACCAGACGAUUUGAGAAGAGCAUUUGACAAGUAUGGGGACAUUGGAGACAUUUACAUUCCACGUGACAGGUUCACGCGGAAAAGUAGGGGAUUUGCCUUUGUAAGGUUCUAUGACAAACGGGAUGCCGAAGAUGCAAUGGAUGCCAUGGAUAUGCAAAUGUUGGAUGGCAGAGAACUUCGAGUGCAGAUGGCAAGAUACGCUAGACCACCAGAUAGGAGUCGAGGAGGUGGUAGACGAGGCGGUUAUGGCGGCGGUGGAGGAGGUGGCUAUCAUGGUGGUGGCGGUGGUGGACGAGAUCGAGAUAGAGAUAGUUACAGAGACAGAGAUAAUUCCAGAAGAUCACGCAGAUCUAGGUCAAGAUCCAGAUCACGUUCAAGAAGUCGUUCAAGGGGGCGUUAUUCCAAAUCUAGGAGUCGAUCAGAAAGCCGUAGUCGUAGCAGAAGUCGCAGCAGGAGCAACAAAAGCAUCUCUAAAUCAAAGUCAAGAUCAAGAUCUCCGGAGUAAAAUACCAAACUGGAAUAGUGUAUUUGAGUCAUUGUUGAACAUCUCAAAUAAUUUGUUGACACCUAAAAGCUUUAUCAGCUUGUUUGAUUUUAUAUGUUACUCAGAAUAAUGAAUAGUCAGUAGAGUAUAUAUGUUGACAUUUUAAGAUAUCAUGAACUUAUCACUUAACAUAAUUCAGUGCUGAAAAAAACUGAUGUGAUUAAUUCAUUAAAAGUUGAAAACAACAAACUUUAAAAUGUAUCAAUUUUAAAUCGGUGUCAUAAAAAUAUAUUUAAAAAAAAAACACUUCACAUCUGUCAUUCAUUUUUAAAUGUACAUUUCAUUUUUAAACAACUUUCAUAAUCAUAUUGUGUAUGUGCAUUGUUUGUAUUAAUGUUACAUUGUAUAUUGUUAUAAUACAUUUAUAAAGUGGAAA